GAACCUCCCCCGCCGCCAGCCUCGCCCCCCCGCCCCCCAGGAGCUGGAGGAGGCGUGGCCGGGGCGUCCCGGGGCCGUGGCAUUGGCUCUUUUCUCUCCAGCCCGCGCGCUCCAGAGCCUGUGCUGACCGCUGCUGGCCGUCCGAGCAGAUUGCGCACGGCAAUCCGCGAUGGAGCCCACUACCCAGAUCGUGGUCGACAGCCCAGGCGUGGUGUAUAGCCCCGAGGCCAUCGAGGCGCAGUAUGAGUAUCGGACGACGCGCGUGAACCGCGAGGGCGGCGUGCUCAGGGUGCAGCCCACGUCCACGCGCUUCACCUUCCGGACCGCACGGCAGGUGCCCCGUCUCGGGGUCAUGCUCGUCGGCUGGGGAGGGAACAACGGCUCUACGCUCACCGCGGCCGUGCUGGCCAACCGACUGCGCCUGGCGUGGCCCACGCGCACGGGCCGCAAGGAAGCCAACUAUUAUGGCUCGCUGACUCAGGCCGGCACCGUGACCAUAGGUUUGGAUGCCGACGGCCAGGAGGUGUUCGUGCCCUUCAGCGCGCUGUUGCCCAUGGUGGCACCCAACGACCUGGUGUUUGAUGGUUGGGACAUCUCAUCACUGAACCUGGCCGAGGCGAUGCGGCGCGCACAGGUCCUGGACUGCGGCCUGCAGGAGCAACUGUGGCCACACAUGGAGAGCCUGCACCCGAGGCCCUCAGUCUACAUUCCUGAGUUCAUCGCCGCCAACCAGACGGCGCGUGCUGACAACCUCAUCCCGGGCACGCGUGCGCAGCAGCUGGAGCAGAUCCGCAAGGACAUCCGAGACUUCCGCACCAAUGCCGGACUGGACAAGAUCAUUGUGCUGUGGACAGCCAACACGGAGCGUUUCUGCGAUGUAGUCCCGGGCCUCAACGACACUGCCGAAAACUUGCUGCGCACCAUCCAGCUUGGCCUGGAGGUGUCACCUUCCACACUCUUCGCUGUGGCUAGCAUCCUGGAGGGCUGUGCCUUCCUCAAUGGGUCCCCACAGAACACGCUGGUGCCUGGUGCGCUUGAGCUAGCGGCACAGCGCCACGUGUUCGUGGGCGGGGACGACUUUAAGUCUGGCCAGACGAAGGUGAAGUCUGUACUCGUGGAUUUCCUUAUUGGCUCUGGCCUCAAGACCAUGUCCAUCGUGAGUUACAACCACCUGGGCAACAACGACGGGCAGAACCUGUCUGCGCCGCAGCAGUUCCGCUCCAAGGAGGUGUCCAAGAGCAGUGUGGUAGAUGACAUGGUGCAGAGCAAUCGCGUGCUCUAUGCGCCUGGAGAGGAGCCUGACCACUGCGUUGUCAUCAAGUAUGUGCCAUACGUGGGGGACAGCAAGCGCGCGCUGGACGAGUACACCUCGGAGCUGAUGCUGGGAGGGACGAACACGUUGGUGCUGCACAAUACCUGCGAGGAUUCGCUGCUGGCGGCGCCCAUCAUGCUGGACUUAGUGUUGCUCACUGAGUUGUGCCAGCGAGUCACCUUUUGCACGGACGCCGACCCCGAGCCGCAGGGUUUCCACCCUGUGCUGUCGCUGCUUAGCUUCCUCUUCAAAGCGCCGCUUGUGCCGCCAGGGAGCCCGGUGGUGAAUGCGCUCUUCCGCCAGCGCAGCUGCAUCGAGAACGUGCUCAGGGCCUGCGUGGGGCUCCCGCCGCAGAACAACAUGCUGCUGGAGCACAAGAUGGAGCGCCCGAUCUCGGGCGUCGCCCGAACCGGGGCUGUCGUCUCCCUGCCAUGCAAGGAGCCCGCACCCGCCAACGGCUGCACCGGCGACGCCAACGGUCACGCACGGGUGCCCGAGGUGCCCAGCGCUUAGGUUGCCCCUCCCCGCUAUCCUCGCCUUCCCCAGACAAUAAAGCCCGUCCCCUGCUGG